AUUUCUUAGUCCAUCGAUGGACUUGAUACCUUAAGUAACCUCUACACUCGAGUCAUCUCAUUCCAAUACUAUUCUUUGCGGCUUACUGCUCAGAUUCUCCAUUUUAGAACACAUAGGUGUAAUCUAGAAGGAUUUCAAGUUAAUCCAGAAUUAUCUCUACGUUAGUGGAUGGACAACGGAGUUAAUGUCCGUCGGAGCUGAUAACUCAUCUUCUGUUUCCCCCCGGUUGCCCAAUUGGAGUCUAGAACACCCGUAUGGAGUCAAUCAUUGAAAUAUCUCAAUAGAAAUCAAUGUCUUUAGAGGUCAUAUAUGUGGCCCGCCAUGGGUUCCGUUCUCAAUGGAUGGUUGACCCGUCCACCGGCACCUACACCUCUCCAAUCCGAUCUCCAACUGGAUUAGCCACUGACCCAGCUCUCACGUCUCAUGGUGUUGACCAGGCAAAUGAGUUAGCGGCACACCUACUAGGAGUUAAUCCUCCGAUAGAUCAGAUUUAUUCUAGUCCUUAUUAUCGAUGUAUACAGACUAUUCAGCCAUUUAUACGGAAUUUCAGACGUGCCCAGAUGCAAUCGUCUGGAAAUGUCUCAGAGGAGCCACCUCCAAAGAUCCGUGUAGACUUUGGGCUUAGUGAAUGGUAUGGGUUAGCACAUUUCGAGCAUCCUUCAUCUGCACCCCUGAAUGAGCUGCAGGCUUUUUUUCCUGAACUCGAUGCAAGCUACGGAUCUAGCUCCGCGCCGUCGCGUCAUGGGGAAUCUCUACCUCAGUUACAUGAUCGGGUGGCAAGGGUAAUCGACACAAUCAUUAGACGCACCGAUCAGGAGGGCCAUAGAGCCAUACUAGUGUCUACUCAUGCUGCAGUGGUGAUCGCGCUUGGACGGGUUCUUACUGGACAAAUGGACCAUGACUUUAGUGCGUUUACUUGCGGACUUAGUAUGUACAAACGACGAGGAUCCAGCACCACACAAGCAUCCGCAAACUCUGCCGAUAAGACGGGAGCUAACGCUAUGAUCCCGACGGCGCGGGACAAAGGGCGGAUCGAAGUACCAAGAUCCAAAUCCCAUCUAGAUAUCGAUUCUGCAAGUGAUGUCGAUCUCCAUCCACACGACUCAAAGUGGUCCGAUCUAGGAUCACCAAGGAGGGACAAAUCCGGACUCUACGGAGGAUGGACUUGUGUAAAGGACUCCGACUGUAGUUUUCUUCGUUCUGGCGAGGAAAGGGGAUGGAAAUUCUCAGGUGACGAGUCAUUCAUCGAGGAAGAUGACAAUGGAGUGUGGCCAUCAACCGUGGCCUCUCGUGCGAGUACUGCCGUUAAUAAGGCAGGGAUAGAAAGACGCAGCAGCAGCCACAAUAACCCAGUACUCGGAAAUUCUAAACUAUGAUCGAUCUUAGAGCUCUAGGCAUGCAGGUCAGCCUGCCGGCUCCAAUAGUAUAAUCUGCAAUCUGCGCACGGAUGAAGUUCUUGACCAACCAUUCGGCUGGUUUCCGAUCUUCGAUUUAGCGCAGAAUACCUCGGUCACAUAUUUAAAACUGUUUGUUACCAUCACCGACUCCCUUAGCAAUAACUUCAUAUACCCGAUUUCAAUAGUAACAGUCCUACUCGUCGCACAAAGCUUUUAUGAGGCUCUUUGACGUUUUAGUGUAACUCUAGCAUGAAACAAUCGUUACUGUGACAAGAUUGACGGCGUUCUUAGACUGGUACUACCGACUAAGAAUAGUCAACCUGUCAUCUGACUUGUUUCAGGUCCCAUGGAGCCUCAAAAACUAUUGAAACUUCCUUCACUACUCCCUCAGGUCGUCGAGCAAAGUACAAAUGUACUUUCUGGCCACAGGAGGGGUGUCAAUCAUUGCGACGAAGACGCCUUUCUACGCAGCUAGACAGUUGAGACCGAGUCUUAGAUAUUGACUUGUCAGUGAGGU